AUGGUUGGUUUCAAGAGCCUUUUCGGCGCGGUGUCCGUCGCCGUCGCUCUGGCUGGCGUUAAGGCUGCGGACUCGCUGAAGGACAUCGAGCACGUCGUGUUCUUUAUGCAAGAAAACCGUGCCUUCGACCACUACUUCGGUACGAUGGCUGGUGUCCGUGGUUUCCAGGACCCGAACGUGCAGAUGCACCCGAACAACAAGUCAAUCUUCACGCAGCCGGUGGACUCGUCCAUCAAGCCUGCCCCGCCUAAGGACGUGAAGGAGCUGAUGUACUUCUACGUCGGCCAGGCUGGUGGCCACUACUCGAACUCUACUCAGUGCAUGGUGGGUGGCUCGAAUGGCUGGGAAGAAAACCACGCUGCCUGGAACAAUGGCAAGAACGAUGGUUGGGCGCUGCACAACACCCCAUACUCGCUUGGUUACUAUAAGCGCAAGGAGCUUCCUGUGCACUUUGCCUUGGCUGAAGAGUUCAUCGUGGGUGACUCUUACCAUGAGAGUGUCACCUCUGCCUCGGACACCAACCGUGCUGUUUGGCUGUCUGGUACGAUCAACUCGCCUGGCUCGACUCCCGGUGGUGAACCCACCAAGCAGGGUGGUCCUGUGGUGGAUGACCACCGUGCCGCUGGCUGUGAGAAGGACUCGCGCGGAAACCCCGUUGCUUGCCUUCCGUUGAAGUGGAAGACGAUCCCUGAGUACCUGGAGGAGCAGAACAUUUCUUGGCUCGUGUACGAGGAUACCGACAAUGGCUAUCAUAACAUGCUUGAACAGUUCGAGCAGUACGAGCACGACAUUAUCAAGCAAGGUCCUCUGGCCAAGAAGGGUAUCUACCGCCCUGGUCUGAACAAGUUCAUGUUCGACCUCAAAAACGGCAGUCUCCCCCAGGUAUCGUACAUCGUUACGCCUAUUGAGCUGUCGGAGCAUCCCCCUAACACGCCGGACGAUGGAGCUUGGAUCCAGAGCCACGUUAUCAACUCGCUGAUGAAGAGCCAGUACUGGAACCGCACAGUCUUGAUUAUGAACUACGAUGAGACGGGUGGUUUCGCUGACCACGUCAUGUCCCCACUCUCGCCCAAGGGUACCGAUGGUGAGUGGAUGGAAGACCCCUUCGACCACAAGCUUGGUCAGCAGCCCGUUGGUCCAGGCUACCGUGUGCCUUUCUACGUCGUGUCGCCGUGGACUCGUAAGGGUGGUGUAUUCACUGAGAUUGCCUCGCACGACAGCUGUAUCCUGUUCCUUGAGAAGUGGUCGGCCGCGCACGGCAAGAACUGGACGAGUAAGGAGCUGAACCCAUGGCGCCGCAAGCAUAUGAGUGACCUCAUGUCUGUCUUCGACUUCUCGAAGCGUGAUAUGAGCGUGCCGCGUCUGCCCCACGUUUCUAAGGCUUCCAAGGACCCUGUCACUUGGAAGUGGAAUGGCGUGCCUAUCUGCCAGGCCCGUUACAACAACGACAACCAGCCUCCUGUGCCUUACGGUAACCAGACGGAGCUGAAGAAGGGCUUCGAAGUUGAGAAGGGUUACAAGCGUGUUCGUGGCGCACUUACCGAGGGUCGUCACCUCGUGUUUGAGACCUACAACAUGGCUCUCACCGUCAAGGACGGCAAGCUGCAGUCUGGUAAGGCUAGCUCGAAGAAGGACGACAAGAAGCAAAUGUUUGUGCUUCACUGGCAGGGCAAGGAGCCCAAGGAUGGCCGUGGCUUCCGCAUCUCGACGCAGGCCGACAAGAAGAAGUUCCUCACGAAGGACCUGACCUUCUCGUCUAAGGAGGAUGAUGCCGUCGAGGUGCACUUCACGGACAAGGGCAAUGGUUUGGGUCACGUCCUGUCCUACGAUAAGAAGUACUUGACGCAAAACCAGGACGGCAAGGUUGAGUGGGUUGACUCGAACCCCACGACCUUUAGCAUUUACAGUGUGACGUUUUAG